CUGAGUGCUUGCUAGUGUCUGUAGUAAUCUAAGUGCAGUGGUGGCAACCCCUAACACCACCGUAAGAUGCCGUGGGGUUGCCUCUGUUCAAAGGAGAAAAAACGGCCCCAAAUAAGUAGUCCCAUACUGAGCCCGGAGGAUUGUCAGAAGCUCCAGUUGCUUCCCGCCGCUAGACGUCCAUUGCUAUCGGCCGCGGAGAAACUAGAGGAGCGCCUUCUUCCACCGAAUUCCGGUGCCGGCGGUGAGUUCGACAACGAGAGCAGUGAAGAGACGCAACCACCGAGCGAUGCUGGCCGCGACCGACUGCAGCAGCAGCUGCUGCAGAAAUCGAAGCUCAAGUCCUCCAACCUCAAGAGCACAACCUACACCCGCAACACCGAGAACGACAAGCUAACGCGCCAUCUGAACACCGUCAAGUUCAGCUUCGAUGAACCGCACCGAAUCCCGAUCGACCAGCAGCAGCAGCACAAUGAAUCUGCCAAACCACCGGAUCGUAACGAACCUCCUCCCAAGCCAGACCGUAAGACGACGACGACUACGACGGCGAUACCAAAGGUCGUAGUAAAAGCACCGGAAGCAACCGGCAUCGGUGACAACGGAAACCAACCCAACAUCGGUAGGGACGAUGUUGAUUGCAACGGCAACGGGAACUAUGAUGUGGUGCCGUCGAUUAAAAUCAGUGACGAUUCCGGCAAGGACGAGCUGCAACCGUCGGUCGAUGAGAACAAGAACGAAAUCAUCGUCGGGGCGGUGGGCAGCGACAGCGGCAUCCCGUUCAUCGACGAGGAUCCGUCGCAGAUACUGAAGCAGCUGAACGCGAACCCGCAGCGCGGUCAGAACUUUCACGAUGCGCGCGUCAUCACGCUAACACCAAAGAAUGUGGGGUCGGAGGCGACGCGGGUGGCCAGCGAGCAGGCCAACCGGGACCGGAUACGGUUACUGGCGGAUACGAAGAAGUUCACACGGUUCCUCGUCGAGCCGCAGGUUGAGGUGGCCAAGUUUACACACAUCUUCCAGAUUCUGCCGCCGUCGUACGACCGGAUCUGCCAGCAGUGCCACCAGGCGCUCCAUCUGGACAUUGGGUUGCGGUGUGUAGUUUGUGACUUCACAUGCCACCAGCAGUGCGUGCGGCUGGAAAAGAAAACCAGUGGGGAAGAUGAACAGCAAGCAAUCAACAAGUACAAUUCGCUUCCGCUGCACGCGAUCAGCGCCCAGCAGCCGCACCAGCAGCAGCCACAUUUGCAACAGUCCCGGCCGACCACCAACUUGAACCAUGUAAAUAACAACCAUUAUCAUAAUUAUUCGCUCCAAACGCACUACCGGCCUCAACAGCAACAGCAGCAGCAGCAGCAACAGCUACAACAAGGUCAGCAUCAACAGCAGCAGCUUCAGCAUCAUCACUCCUAUCCCGCGCCCCGAUCGGUCGAGCCGCCAUCCCUGCGGCUAAACUACGUGACGGAGCGUAUUCUGGCGUCAACAUUACCGGCCCGGCGGCUUCAGAAUGGUUCCUCGUCGCCGUUCGCCGCUACCGGCAGCGGAGCGGGCCCGGCCGACGAGCACGAGCGCGAACUCAUCAAUAUGCUGGAGCAGAAACAUAAGCAGAACUACCGGAUAUUUGAUCUGGAGUCGUGCCUCGCCAACAUCACCCUGGAGAAGCUGUGCGAGCUGUGCAAAUACAUCGACUCCUGGCUGGGCAGUGGAAAGGAAAAGAUCGUCGUUCUACAGGACAGAGAGGACAAACAUCGGCUCGGUGCAGCGAUUGCAGCCUACCUGCAGUAUCAAAAAAUCUGCGGCUCAAACAUUCCGCAGGGUGGUGGCGGCCAGCAGAAGAAUUCCCUCUCGCCCGGUGGCUCGGAUAAUGGCCGGAAAACACCCACCUGGCUGGAUCUGGACAUCUACUCGACGCAAAAAUUUCUGGAAACCGUUGCCGGUCCACUGCGCAUUCCUUCGCAUAAGAGGUACAUUCAGUACUUUUCCGGGUUGCUGUCGGGGAUGAUCAAGAUGAAUUCAGCCUCACUGUUCCUGAAGGCGAUACGGGUCGAAUCUCCGCCAUGCUUGCACUACCGUGCCAUAACCGUCAACAGUGAGUGGCGCAGUUUCAUCAAAAUCUUCGAGGGCGUCCGGUGCCUCUUCACGUCCGAUAUUUAUGUCAUUCCGCUGACCACGCGGCACUUUAUAUAUGAGAUUAAAUACCCGCUACGGUUGCGCGGCGACAUACUGGUGCGCUGCUACCAGAUCAUACCAAAUAACAACAAAGCGAACUACGAGAAGGAACUGAUCGCCUCCGUGCAAUUUCACACAUGUGCCAUAACGGAAAAGGAAGUACAAUUCAAAAAGGGAGAUCUAGACUUGGCGUGCGAUGAUGAGCGCUUUGCGGCGGAACAUAAAAUGACGUUCUGUUUCGAUACCGUGCCGACCGAGCGACCAAUGAUCCUGGUUUUUCAAGACCCACUCGUAAGGAUAGAGUCACUGGCGGAAAACGGCGAUCAUCUGGAAACGAUUAAUGAAGGUUGGCCCAAAAAAGAUGAGUCCAACCACACGCAGGGGCCGCUGGAUGGAUCGCUUUACGCGACGAUUCUGAAGAGUCCCAAGUCGCCGACGGCCCCGCCGCACCUCAUCUCGCCGCCGGCCGAGUUCAGUAACGGGAAGCCGAUCCCGAACGGAGCACCACCGCCGCCAGUUCCGGAGCGGUCGAAGACGCCGAACUCGAUCUACCUGAGCCACAACGGUACGCCGCGCACGACGCCCGUGCCGUUCAGCGUCCACCCCGGCCAGCCAUCGCCGAGCCCCGGGAACGGGUCGGUUCUGAGCGAUUGCGUCAAGGUGACCAGUGUCAGUAGCACCAGUAGCUACAGCACCGCAUACCAGAGCGCAAACCAGAGCGGUUCUACUGGGGAGCCUGUAGGAGGAGGAGGUUCUGGGACUCCGGCAGCCGGUGCGGGCAGAAAAUCGGCCGAUGGGCGCGAAUCCGUCCGCAGUCCGCUGACCGUGUCCAUGGACUCGGGUAUCUCGAGCAGUGGCCCAGUUAACCGUCGCGCGCAGGGAUCCAGCGUUUCACCGUCAAGUUUUCCGAGUCAAGCUAGUCCGCAAGAUGAUCGUCAUCGAGAGCUGGAUGAUCUGCUGUCCGAUAUGAUGCUCACCGUGCAGGGCAUACCGGACGUCGGCGGCCACAAGGCAGACCAAACAAACCAGCGCCAGCCGCCACCGUCGCAGCCGCAGCAGCCGCCGCAGCAGCUCCACCAGAACCCGAACGACCACUUCGUCAACACGAACACCGACACGAUCAAGCGCUCGCACUCGGCGCAGCAUCCGCUGGGGCCGCGGCUCGACGACGGCCGCUCGCGGACCCCGCUAACGGUGAGCGACCUGGCGGCGGCCGCCAAGGAGCGCGAGCUGCUGCUGUACGAGACGUCCAGCACGACGACGACGCUCACGCCGCCGCCGAGCGAGAGCGGCCGCGAGACGCCCCUGCUGAGCGCCUACGGGACGAUGCGCGACCGCGAGCUUCAAAAUAUAAAUAACAAUAACCUGACGCCGGCCGAGCGCGAGCUGCUGCUGAACAUGCAGCGCCACCAUCAGCAGCAGUCGCUAGCGUACCCUCGGCCAGCGCGGUCCACCACCGGAGCAUCGGAGCGCUUCACCUCGGACGACGACGACGACCACCUACUGCUGCUCGGAAGCGGUGGAGGAGGAGGCGGAGGCAACGGAGGCGGCAGCAGCCAGAUACCGUACCACGCCCGCGAGGACUCGCGCCCCUUCACGUACGGCAACAUCCCGCCCACCGGCACGCCCCAGCAGCCGCCGGCCGGGACGAUGAUCAAGAUGCAGUCGGGCCUGUCGAGCCCGUCGAUGGUGCGGAAGGCGCUCGGUACGCCGACCGCCACCCGCAAGACCCUGCCGCGCAACGACUUCGAGGAGAUGUUGCGCGAGCGGCGCGAGAAGGUGCUGAGCGAGAAGUACACCAUCGGCGACCAGUCGCCCGGCCCGACCGUGGCCAGCGACACCAUCAACAACAACGCGCACGGUGACGGCGGCCACUGGACGACCUAUCAGCGCACGGUGCAGACGGGGUCCCACGGGGGGCAACCGAACGGGGCAUCCGCCGCCUACCACGAGCCGCUCAAGCGCUCCAACACCAUGGACGGCAGCUUCGGACGCCAGUUUUCCAGUGAAGGAAUUUCCGGCCAGUCCUGGUUGCAACUGCAGCAGCAAAAGUUGCGUGCACGCCGCGAACAGCAACGACGAGAACAUUCGAAUAGCUUUAGUUACAAUUACGGCAGUCCGGCAUUCCCCACCGGUGAGAAUGUGUACAGUACGACGCACCGACGCAGCCAAACGCUGUCGCCGGUGCGCAACGAGCGCAACUACCACACGAUAACCACCACCAGGACACACUCGGCCGAGCGGCCCUUCGUCGCCGUCCAGCGGGCUCACGAAAAUGCCAAGCUUCAGACAAUCGGGAACGCACCGCUGUCCAUUUUGAAUGCUUCACCGCACGGUCACAUUGCACAAGCACGAGCACAAAACCACCCCCCACCGUCGUCGCCAUCGUCGGCCAACACGACGGUCUCGUCGCCAUCACCGGCCCCGUCGGCCACUGCCACCAUCACCACCACCACCAAUCAUCACCAUCAUGUGGUGGUGAAUGGAGGCGCCAGUCCGGUCAACGGGCAAGCAGCUCCCUCGACGCCACAACCGCACCGACACACCAAUGGCACCAACGGCACCAAUGGAAGCCCCUAUCAGCAGCAGCAACAUCUUAACAACAGCACCCUCAACACCAGCAACGGACUGCUGUCCCUUGCCGACCAGGAUCAUUCGACUCCGAAACACGGACAGGUUCGAUUGGAGUCCGAACAGAUAAUCUUCAGUAACAUAAACAGUCUAAAUAAUCUCGAUAACUGCGAAAAGCUCAAUAACCUGCUAAAUGCAAUAACCACCAGUGUGGCGGCGUCGGCGGUGGCGUCGCCGGAACCGGCCAACGGUUCCCCGUCGGCAUGCAUGAACCCUAACAGUGCCAACGCGGCCCCCAGUGUAACUACCAGCUCGACCUCCUCCACUACCUCCUCCUCCUCGUCGUCCUCCUCUUCCAUGUCCACUAGCAAUCAUCGUAGCGCAGGCGUCAUUAAUCACACUCAUCCCCUAAUCGAUUCGUACCAUCAACCCGAUCACUACAACCACCACCACCACCACCAACACCACCACCACACCCACGAUCAUCAUGGCCAACGUCAGCAUCGGGCUCGGAAUGGCCACCACCAGCAAGAGCCGAUGGAGCUUUCCUCCCCGGAAGGGAGUGUCGAUGAGAAAGCCUCGAACGGAGACGGGCGCGGUGGGCUCGCACCGACGUCGGAGGCCAUCAGCCAGGGCCAGCUGGCCCUCGAUAAGCUGUUGGCUUCGUUGGCGCUCGAGAACGAUGUAACCGAGGAACAUCUGGCAAAAAUAGACGCCGGACGAUCGAAUGGGUACCCGGUUGAGGAACCGGAGCACCAUCCGUCCCGGGAGCUCUCCGACGUGCUGGCCAACCUGGCCGAGUACGAUUUGAGCGAGCACCAGCGGUUAACUCUGACCAACGGCAAUCUGUAUCACUAUCAGCAGCAGCAGCAACAACACCAGAGGUCCGUCGAACCGAAUGGAAGCUCGCGAUCAUAUCCGAACCCCUGCUCGGCCGAGUUGGCCAACGGGUACGGACAGGCCCGCAGUGUCAGCCGGAACAGUGGCGAAACGGCACCGCCACAGCAGCCGCCCAACCACCUUCAUCAGCAUCAUCCACAUCCACAUCACACGCUACUAAUGAACAAUCAUGUGCGACGUAUCGCGUCCGAAACCGACAGUACCAUCUCAUCCAUUUCGCCUAGCUUAUCCGAACGCAGCAAUGCGAUCUCUUGGUGCGACCAGGCACGGGAAGAAUCAUUCUCGUCGUACCGCUCGGAGACGGAACCGGACAGCUCACCGAUCGGCGGUUCGCCGCGACCGGAAACGCCCGCCUUCCCGGUGACGCCACGCACGCCGUACGGACUGAGCAAUGGUACCUCCAGUCCGGCGCUUCCACCCAAGAGUCCGACAUCACAACGCAGGAAGCACGUCCUGUUCAAACACCUCGAAAAGCUUGCCCUGGCCAAAGCGACCCUGUUUCAGUGCGUCGCGCCGGUUCUCGAGAAGCGAGCGCACGGUUGUACGUUUGCCUAUGACAAGGACCUGUUCAGUGGCAACCAGCAGCGAACGCAGGAGCUCAUCAACCAGAACGAGGCCCUCUCGUGCUACACGUCGCGCCGCAACUCGACCACCUCGAACGCGAACAGCGAACCCCAGGAGGUGGCGCCGCAGUUCGUCAAGUUUGCGCGUGACUCCUCCAAGUACUGGUACAAGCCGAACAUCAGCCGCGAGGACGCGAUCGCCCUGCUGCGCAAUGCGGCCCCGGGCACGUUCAUCGUGCGCGACUCGACCACGUUCGCCAACGCGUACGGGCUGGUGGUGAAGGUGAACCAGCCGCCCCCGGGCGUCCAGUACAGCGGCCCGAACGGCGAGGAGCUGGUGCGCCACUUCCUGGUCGAGCCGACGAUCCGGGGCGUGCGGCUGAAGGGCUGCGUCAACGAGCCCGUCUUCACGUCGCUGUCCGCGCUCGUCUAUCAGCACUCGAUCACCCCGUUGGCGCUACCCUGCCGGUUGCUAAUCCCCGAUAUGGACCUGCAACAAAUGGAGCACCAGACACCGGCACAGCAGCAACUGCUCCAGCAGGGAGCGGCCUGUAACGUGCUGUACUUGUUCACCUGCGACACCGAGUCACUCACGGGCCCGCAAGCAAUAAGGAAAGCCGUUAGCUUACUGAUGGCGAAAAAACCGCUUCCCAAACCGACACAAGUGCACUUCAAGGCAUCGCUGCAGGGAAUCACGCUGACCGAUAACACGCGGCAGCUUUUCUUCCGGAGACACUACCCGUCGAACAACGUGUCGUUCUGUGCCCUCGAUCCGGACGAUCGUCGGUGGAGCAUCCAGUUGACCGCGGGAGAUAUACCCGCUUCCAAGCGGAUGUUUGCGUUCGUGGCGAAACGAUCACCCUCGUCGGCGGACAACCAGUGCCACGUGUUCUGCGAGCUCGAACCGACGCAGCCGGCCGCAGCGAUCAUUCAGUUCGCGAACAAGGUCCUCGGUGGCCCGGGCGGUAUCGGCCAGCAGCCCGCAGUUACCAGAGCCAUCUAAGGGACGACCGUGGCAUCAAAUGCUGCGCUCCCUGGGAAGGAAAAAAAUAUAUUGAUUUUCGUUUGUUUUGCGUCACCGCAAUUAACCCGACCUUGGCUCGGACGGUUCCCGACGGCUGGGAAUGAACUCAGAAGAGAAAAAAAAACACACAAAAAAACUACUAACCAGAAUAGGCCUCACAGUUGCGGGAUAAACCCCCGUCCGACUGUUGUGGCCAUUAUCCAGACGACCAACGAACGCCAGUCAAAAGUCAGUCGAGUGCGAGUUUGGAUGUAAAAAAAAAACAAAAAUCGGAACCGACAUGAAAGAAAGUAAACUAAACACUCCCCUUUCAGUGGUGGGGCAUGCAA